UUAGGCUGCAAAUCAACAAGGAAGAAGGAAGAAAAUCCGUGCGGCUAACUCUCCCGUCCGACCGUCUACAUUUGAUUAUUUCCGACACCGCCUACGGAUUUAUAAAAACAGCACUUUUAUUGAUUAUCUUGAGUAUCAGAGAACGAUUUUGCUGAAUAUUUGAAACGGCUAUCCAAAAGCAUUGGCCAGGGCUGAUGAAUUGACAAGUUGGGAACACUGUGCUCUUAGUCUCUAUCUGAACCAGCAGUACUCUCAAAGAAGAAACAGAGCUGUCUCUGGUUCACGAUGACGACGACGAUGUCGGUCUCGGAAGCACCGAUAACAGUCAUCAAAGAAGGAUGGGUCCAAAAACGAGGUGAGUACAUUAAGAACUGGAGACCAAGGUACUUCCAGCUGAAAUCAAAUGGUGACUUUGUCGGCUACAAGGAUAAACCUAAAGGGAAAAGUGGUGAUUCAGAUGCCCUCAAUAAUUUCACUGUAGCACAAUGUCAGAUCUUGAAGACAGAGAAACCAGCCCCCAACACAUUCAAAGUUCGCUGCUUACAGUGGACCUCUUUCAUAGAGAGAACGUUUUCGGUAGCUUCAAAUGAUGAAAGGGAAUCUUGGGUAAAAGCAUUACAAGGAGUAACAGAUUCAUUGACGAGGCAGGAGAGGGAGAAAGAGAACCAAGAGGCCAACGCAGCCAAUGGAGGCAAGGAAGAUAGCAACUCAGCGGCGAAUGAGGCUUCAAAACAUAAAGUUACAAUGGACGAUUUUGAGCUGCUGAAAUGUCUAGGAAAAGGAACCUUUGGCAAGGUGAUCCAGGUACGAGAGAAGAAGACAGGCGAACUGUUCGCCAUCAAGGUUCUCAAGAAAGAAGUCAUUGUUCAAAAGGAUGAAGUAGCGCACACAUUGACGGAGAACAGAGUGUUACAAAAGACGAGUCACCCCUUUUUAACGUCCCUCAAGUAUUCGUUUCAGACGUCAGAUCGACUCUGCUUUGUGAUGGAGUACGUGAAUGGAGGUGAGCUCUUCUUCCAUUUAUCACGAGAGAGGAUCUUCACGGAGGAGAGGACACGGUUCUACGGCGCAGAGAUCGUCUCCGCACUCAGCUAUCUUCACGCACAGGAUGUCAUCUAUAGAGAUCUCAAGCUGGAGAAUCUGUUGGUAGAUGAAGAAGGACAUAUUAAGAUCACAGACUUUGGGCUCUGUAAAGAAAACAUCUCCUAUGGUGACAUGACGAAGACCUUCUGUGGAACACCGGAAUAUCUAGCACCCGAAAUCCUUGAGGACAACGACUACGGGAGGGCGGUAGACUGGUGGGGUACAGGCGUGGUCAUGUACGAGAUGAUGUGCGGUCGGCUACCAUUCUACAGCAGGGACCAUGAGGUUCUCUUUGAUCUGAUCCUGACGGAGAACGUCAAGUUUCCGACCAGACUGUCCAACGAAGCCAAGUCUCUCCUGAGUGGAUUACUGGAGAAGAAUCCUAAGAAGAGGUUAGGAUGUGGGCCUGAUGAUGCCAAAGAAAUCAUGAGACAUCCAUUCUUUGCUACAAUCAACUGGGAAGACCUCUAUGAGAGAAAGGUGCGCCCUCCCUUCUUACCUAAAGUGGAAAAUGAGACAGACACAAGAUAUUUUGAUCAAGAAUUCACAUUAGAGCCUGUACGGCUUACUCCACCAGCAGCAGGCAAGGAUACACUAACAGCCACCCAGCAUGAUGAGCAGUCGCAAUUUGAAAAGUUCUCUUACACGGAUGAUGUCCCCCUGCAAAAAUGAGCCAAGCAACCCCAUCUCUCUCCAUCUCCCUUUCUCCUUCUGUUUCGCUUCGAAGUCCUCGAUCACCCGACCUAUCCACCCAUUGACAAUCAUCAAAACAUUUCAUCGCCUAUGUCGGCUUGCUCUGAGCGUCUUGUGGUAAUGGCUUUAGCGACCAGGUUUGUCGUUGGAAUAACUGUGUCACAAUGCAUGAUGACCAUUCUAGAAACAAGUUAUCACAGCUACUUUGUGCUCCAGAGGGGUAGGCAGUUCCUGCAGGGGAACCCAAUCCCUUAUAAGAAAUGCGCAAGCUGAAUCGUUUUCGGGUACCGGUUCUGAUCUCCCAAUAUAUUAUUUGCUGUUCCUCAUCACUUGCAGCUUCAAGCUUAUCAUUGAAUCAUCGGACUACUCUACAUGGAGUGAUGAGUCUUUGUGAAUCUGACUUGUGAUAGCAUUCAAACAAUCAUCUCUUCAUAUGAUGCAGUUGACCUCUGACCUCUGAUGUACUGAAGAAGAGGAGGGGUUUCCAUAGCAACUGAGCAUGAUUAUUUGUCACACUUCAUACAAUGCCAACAUACAGGGGGAAACAAUGGAGAAAGAAAGCAAUGCUUGUGAGUUACGAUAAACUUCAAGGAACAUUUGUGCUGCUUAUUUUGUGACUGCCAAAAAGAAGAAGAAAAAAAAGAAAAAGAAAGGAAGACGUGUAAAUUUAUUUUACAUUGCAUCAAUGGAAUAGCACAAGUUCAAUUGUAAUGUCACUUUAGAAGAUGGUCUUGUUAUUGAUGAAAGACAUUUUUUGUUCCUUUAAAAGGCUCUAUGACUAAGAAAGAUAUGUUCAGUGUAUUGACUUUAUAUUGGAGAAAGCUAUCGACUAAAACUGUAAAAUUUUGGAUGUAAUUUUCUUUGUUUUUAGUCAUUUGUACAAAGAAAUAUUCAAAGCAAAUUUCUGUAGUCUGGAUUUGCUUGUGUUGAAAACAUGUGUACAUGGACGAUGUUAAAAGUUUAACGUCAACAAUUUUACUACAAAAAGGUAUACUUGGGAUGAAUUAUAUUAAGAGAUACUAAAAGUGUAUUCGUUUUUUUUUGUGGAAUGUACAGUAUAUGUCAAAAAAAUAGAAAGUAUAUAUGCACAGGAAAAACUAAAUAUCACAAAGCUUUUAAAGUCUGUAGCAUGAACAAUGCUGUCAUAGUCUUUUAUCAUUUAUUCCUCUUUGACAAUUGGGGUUUCAGGUAAUAGUUGCAAAAGUAGAAAAUUUGUUUUAUAUUCUGCAAGUGAAAUAUUUGCAUCUGUGUGAGUGAGAAGGAGCUGUUAUCUUUCAAAAGGAAAAGGUAUAAAACAGAGGAAAGUGUUGUCAUGAUUCAGUCAGGGAAUGCCAUUAAUAAUUGUCAUUAAUAAAUCUAUUCUGGAAUAGAAAGUGAUUGGUUACAAGUGUAUUUCUGCAGUAGCAUGUUUUUACAAAAAUUAAUCAUUUCACUAAAUCAUGUAAUUUCAUUUUUUUAUGAAUUGAUUUGGUCUUUUCUCUUACUCACCGAAUCACCAGUUUGCUAACCACUCGUAAGUAGGACCGUUGGAAGGGGUCAAAACAUAUGUGAGGUAGGAAAGAUGAUAGUUGGCCCCAAAUCGGUUAACUGAUUGUAGUUUGGAUUGUACCAGAUUGCAAAUUCAAUUCAAUGAUAGAUCUGCAGUAGUAACGAGUUAGGAUAAGUCUCCAGUUUGUUGUCCUCAUAUAUAUUUACGACAGAAGCAUGGAGACUAGCUACAAAACUUUUCUCAAUUUUCAUUGCAAUUAUCUCUUUAUGCCGAGAACUAUGAAUAGAAAAUUAUCACUUGAAAACUUCAAAUAUCUUCAAAAUCAUUGUCCCCCCUGCCCCCCAAAUCAAAAACAUUUUUUUUUUUUGGGGGGGGGGGGUCAAAGUUGUUCCAUUCUUGUACUUUUAUUUAAGUAAAGAAAAUGAUCUCUUGAAAUCUUAAAAAUCAUUGUUCUCUCAUUUAACAAUGGGCAUGUAUUGUCAUGUUAGUUCUAUUUUCCAACUUUCAUUUGAUGAUUAUAGUGUACCAAUCAACUAGAAUGAAAAAAAUUGUUUGUAGGAAGAAUGUAUUUUAUGGGCUAACAGAUUAACUCACAGAGUUUGAGAUUAGGAGCAAAAUGUUGUGUUUGAAAUAUGUCAAAUGUUGCAGGAAUCAUUAUUCAUCAUGCAGCUUUGUGAUUGAAUUCCCUUUCGAAGAGUUAUCAUGACUAAGUUCUUUUGCAAAUUUUUGUGUUAGUAAAAUGAUCACGUAAGAAGAUUUCAUUGACAGUUAAGCAUUCUUUCGAUUCAAUUGAAUUUUGUUUUGUCAUCAUUUAUGAAUAUCAGUCCUCUCUCUUCUUCAACUAACUUGGUGUUCAUUAUUUUUUCUUAACCUUCUGCCAAAGGUAAUCCAAAUAUUUUGUAUCCAUAUUGUAAUACUGGCUUGAAUGUAUACUGUAGCAAACUGCCCUUGAUUGUAGUCGUAAGAUUUUCCCAUUUUUUUCUUCUUUUUUGGUAGAGAAUGUAUUGAACCAAGAACACUCUUAAAGUAGACAUUCAUUUAAAUCUAAAAAGUAUGGCCAUAAUUUAUCUCUAGAAACUAAUAAUUAUUUGCAGAUGACAAUCGUAGAAAGUUUAGGUCAACUACAUAUCGGGCAAUCAAAAAAUGAACGUAAUUAAAGGCACCCCUCGGGAUCUGGGAUAUAUGAACGAUGACGUCACAUCAGGGACCAAUCCUGCGUAAGCACACAACCUCCUAUAACUAAUGAACAUAUUUUCAGUGCAAUUAUUUCUCAAUUUUAAGAGUCUGAUUCUUUUUAAACAUAAACGUAUUUAGCACCAUUUUAAAAGGAAAGUGAUGCUGAUUCUGAUAAUUAUAAUCCUUUGCUUAGAAACAUAAAGGAUUAAUUUAAAAAAAACACUGAAAUAUCAGCCCACUUCCAAAUUGAAAAGCACUGAAAAUGUGUGCAUUGCUAUGGGACAUCCUCUGCUUAUGCUAAUUCAGUCCCUUGUGUGACAUCACAAAUCUUGGCAGUGCAUGGAAUGCUUAACCAGUGCCAAAAGGGGGCGGUAUUUUACAGUUUAAAAAAUUGACAAUCGUUACUUUGAAUGUUUCCAAUCUUGAAUUUGUGUAACCUUGUUUAAUCUACCCUUCUCUUACGUAAUGAUACAAAUUAAUUCAGUAUUUCAAAUCAAUGAACCUCUACUUUAAAGGGGUACAUUUCCUAGCUUUUUUUAUGCUUGUUUCUUUCUUUUUCAUUAGUUCCUCAUGAGUAGAUGACAAGUUCACAUACCAAGUUAUAUCUGCAAAUAUGGAGAAGGCAUGCAUAGCUGAAGAAGAAAAAAAAAUAAGAGAGUGUACAGGCAUGGAGAAGAUGUAUAAAUAUAAAUAAAAAGAAAGAAAAAGUUAUGUAAUAUUGUGCUGUAUGUGGCUCUUGGUGUAUCUCGGAUGUGUAUUUUGUGCAUCUUAUAAUGUUCAAUAAAAAUUGAAUGAACCAACA